ACACACACACACACAAACGUACACAGAGAGUAACACUUAAGCUAAACUCUUCGCAUAUUAUUUCACUUUACCGGUAUCAACACAUAAUUUACUACUCAGGAUUUCUCUAUCUGUUAGAAUUUAACUCGUGGAUUUUUUGAAAAGUAAGAGAAAUAAGGCGAAAAAAGAAGAAUGGAAACGAUCACAAAACAGAUGGUAUAGAUUGUUGGAAAAAGUUUUUUUAGAAAAACUGUGUGAAAUAUCAUAAUUUAACGUUUGAACAACUCAAAUGGUGGUCAUAUGGUAAUUCAAUCCAUCAUUGUCAUCAUCUACAACCACAUCGCCACUGUGUUCUUCUGGUAUUCGUAUGCCAUUUUCUAUUUGUAAUAAUGAUUCAUGCUAUACACAAAUAUACAAUACAAAUGAAUAUGAUAAUAUAAAUGAAUCAAACUGUAAUCCAUGUGAUGAUAGUCAUGAUUUAUCAGCAUUGUCUACUGAUGAUACACCGUUUUUACCCACUUCAUACCCGAAACAAUCCGUUUGUAUGAAACAUAGAAUCGAUUAUAACAUGUUAACAAGUGCAAAUAAAUGUCUGCCUCAUCCUUCAUCAGCAUCAUCAUCAUCAACAUCAUCUAAGUCCUCUCGAUCAUCGUGUUCUACCUCUUCACCAUCUUCAGAGACUGUUAGUGAUGUGAUCACCACUUCUACAACUUCAUGUACAUCACCUACUAUAACUGCUAGUGAUUUGAAUGCUUCACAAUUAUCUAUGCCAUCAUGUUGGUCACAAUGUUCUACAGUUGAUGAAUUGACAAUUUUAUCAAAUAAUCUUGGUAGUGUAUUUCAUGGAUUUCCAUUGAUUACCAAUCAUAAUACAAUGAACUAUUGUAAAAUUGAAGAGACGGAAAAAUAUGAUAGAAUUAACAAUAGUAAUUGUAACAGUAAUAAUAAUAAUAAUGAGAAUACCAAUAAUAAUAAUAAUCACUUUUUGUCUAACCCACCUUCUCAGUUCACAUCAGAUCAUGAAUAUCAAAAAGAUUUAUUGAAGCAUGAUGACAGUGCAUUUCAAAGACUGCAUACUGGUCUCAUGGAAUGUCAUCCAUCUUAUUAUCAUUAUUAUCAACAUCAUCAACAUCCCAUGGCACAUGAAAGCGAAAUACCCUGUGAAACUUCAUUAUGCUCUGAAUUUAUUAAAAAUCCAACAGUUAUGACAUCAUCCUUGUCUACUAUCCCUCUAAAAACCUCGAAAUUUGAAUAUUUGAAUGAAAUCACCAAAGUGAAUGAAGAGAACGCUAUCAAAGGACAUUUUAAUUCACAAGCUACAACAGAGUUAACAUUACCGACAGCAGACAACAAUAGAUCAAGUAUAUACCAUAAGGGCUCUAAUUUAUCCUUACCAUUUUAUUCUGAUGACAGUUCAGUGAAACAGGAGUCAUCCAACACACCAAUCUAUACACCUUUAUAUAUAACUGAAGAAGGUUGUUGUUAUACAAAUCUACAGACUACAUUUACAUCAUAUACCAGUAUAACAACCCCUACAGAAUCCCCAGCUUCAUUUCAAAAAUCAUGGAAUAUGCCUAAAGUAGAUGAUAAAUUAAAAGACAAACUAUUCACAGAAUUAAAAGGUUAUCAUCAACAUUGUGAAGAGGAAGAGAAACAAUUCCGCCAAGAAAAUCAGAUUGCAUCUGAAAAGGCAGUUAACAGCUGUCAGUUAAUCAAGACAGAAGUAUUCCAAUCAUCUCAACAGAAUUAUCACAACAGUUUUUCAGAUCAAUGUCAACCGUAUAGUCUACAUACUGAAAAGUGCAUAGAUAUACAAUUGCAGAAUUCACAACCUUUUCAUUCUAUUAGUAAUGUAAAUAAUAAAACUAGGCAGUGUAAAUCAUUAACUGGUGGAGUUUUAACUUCCUCUGGCACAACUUUAUCAUUGACAAGUGGAAUAAACACGGCAACAGUAUCAACGAAUACAAAACUUGUACAACCGUUUAAAUGGUUACAGAUUAAACGACAACAGCCGCGUCAUCAUGUGAAUAAUAAUAUAUCUACAUCUAAAACAAAUUCAGCUCUAAAAUACGAUACUUCAAGGCCUAUUACUUCACCUCAUUCUACAAACUUCACAUUCAAUGAUUCAAACCUUCAAGAAACUAAUCAGUCGAAUAGAAAUAAUACUACUACACAAUGUGGUAAAAAUCCUUCUUUACUGAUAUCUCAACUUCCUGACCACAGUAAUGCCAAUCAAAUGUUUAAAAAUUAUACUUACGAUACAGGAAGCUUCACAUCACCUGGAAAUAUGAAUUACUCUACAAAUGCCUUAAACAAUGAAAUGUUAAGUACUUUUCAAAGUAAACAUAUGCCGGACUCUUCAGAGGUGAACACCAAUUUAAAUUAUGAAGCUUCUAAUUCUUUAACUGGACGAACUAAUUUUACUACAAGACAACUGACAGAAUUAGAAAAAGAAUUUCAUUUCAAUCGUUAUCUGUCAAGAGCAAGACGAAUUGAAAUUGCCUCAGAUUUAGGGCUUACAGAAACUCAAGUGAAAAUAUGGUUUCAAAAUCGUCGAAUGAAACAGAAGAAACGUCUGCGUGAUAAAAUUUUAGGCAGUAAUCAUGAAAAUGAAGAUGUCUCAUCGACAACGACAACUCCUCCGCCUCCUCCUCCUCCUCCUCCUCCACAAUCUGGUAUGAAUGUUUCACCAUGGAAUCUGACAGAAUCACAUGUAGGAAUGAAUAAAUUGUCUGUACAAGAAAGGAAACAAUCACACACUGAGUGUACUAGUAGCACUAUCGAUCCUAUUAGUAGUAGUACUAGUAAUCCAAGUGUUUACUUUAACAAACAUUUAAUGGAUUAUAGUGCUUCACAUUUAUACAAUCACUUAUUAAUUGACUCAUCCAGUGCCAUCCCUAAUAACAACCAAAGGAACACCACAAAUCCUUCUGUAUAGACGAAAAUUUGAGUAUAUAUAUACUUAUAUAUCUGCUUAUACCAUAGACUCUUCUGGUGAUCAACUACACUGCACAUGUAUAAGGGGAUUAACAAUUAGAACUUCGAUAUUUCUUUCUUUCUCAGUUUUAUUGCUUCAUCUAAUUCAAAGACUGAAACAAAAUUCUUUCGAUUAGAUUUGAAAUUUUCGGCAUUCCAGUUAACUACCCCUGUCAGGUGUAGAGAACGGUUCAGUCGUUGAAUGCAUACAGAUAACAGUAUCCUUAUAUUAUUUAUAUUUUGUAUCACAAGAAAAA